AUGAAAGACGGAAAGUCCGAAUACAUUACAACGUCCUCAUGGCAGGGACUUGACGUCAGACAAGUCACAGGUACCAGCGUCGGCUUCAGCACAUGGGAAGAAGCCAAGCGACGGGAAGGUGAUGGACAAGCAGGCCAGCGAAUCAAGACGAUGACAAGCUGUCAAAUCUUAUGCCACGUCUACGUCGGAAGGAAAGUACGAAAGCCUCUUGUGCUGCGUGUAGACGACGAUAUCGAUCUGCAUAUGAAGCCUGAAGAAUUGUCUAUUCCAAGCAGUCGAUUGGAUAAUGGCAAGCUACGCAGAAGUUGA